GGUCCCCGUCUACUGGGAAGCUGCAGUGACAUGGGAAGAGCCGGCCUCGGCGGUGGGAGGUAGUGAGUGAGACGCUAAGCUCUACGAUCCGGGCAAGGGAAGGGGAAGGAGGAGGGAAGCCGAUCUGCCGGCUGGCUGCCGAGAGGGUAGAACUGCAUCGGAGAGGGGAGCGUUGGCGAGAUUUGGAAGAUGACACCCCAGAAUUUGUGCUUUUCUCAUGGAUAGUUGAUUAGAGUUUGGAAGAGUAUGACGGGAGUGGCAAUUCCAUUGUUGGAUGUUUCAAGCCACUCCUCCAGAGCCAAGAAAUUACCUCCCUCAAAGGCUACAAUACGAUGCAUGUUAUGAAUUGUGUCUCCUUGGCCAGUGAAAAAGAAAAUGGGGAUCUCUCUGCUGCAGCUGGAUUAAUGAUUGGGCAAACACCCCCACCACCUCCACCACCCCCGCCACCACCCCCUCCACCAUUACCAUGUUCAGACAAUGGGUGUCCUAUUCCUCCCCCUCCACCUCUGCCAGGGGGUCCUCCUGUACCACCACCCCCUCCAGGACUACCUCCUUCUUAUGUGAAUGGACACGGCCACCUUAGUAAGAAAAAGAAAAUGAGGAGUUUUUUUUGGAAAACAAUUCCAGAAGAGCAAGUUCGUGGCAAGACUAACAUCUGGACAAUUGCUGCAAGACAGCCACAAAAGUAUCAGAUUGACACAAAGACUAUUGAAGAACUCUUUGGGCAGCAAGAAGAGAACAAAUCACCGGUUUCUAGAAGAGGUGGAUCUUUAAAUGCUUCCUUCAAAGACACGAAAGAAGAGAUUUCUGUCUUGGAUGCAAAACGGUGCAUGAACAUUGGGAUAUUUCUCAAGCAGUUCAAAAAGUCUCCCCAGUCCAUAGUCGAAGAUAUCCACCAAGGAAAAGGGGAACAUUAUGGAUCGGAAACAUUGCGAGAAUUUCUUAAGCUUUUGCCAGAGUCAGAAGAGGUAAAGAAAUUAAAAACAUUUAGUGGAGAUGCAGCCAAGCUGUCUCUGGCAGAUUCCUUUAUAUACUUCCUAAUUCAGGUGCCAAACUAUUCACUUCGGAUUGAAGCCAUGGUGCUAAAGAAGGAAUUUUUACCUUCCUGUUCUUCUCUAUGGGAUGACAUGUCCAUUUUAAGAGUGGCUACGAAGGAGCUGAUGUCCUGUGAGGAGUUGCAUUCUAUACUGCACUUGGUCCUCCAGGCUGGAAAUAUUAUGAAUGCGGGAGGUUAUGCUGGCAACGCAGUGGGGUUCAAAUUGUCAUCAUUGCUCAAAUUAGCAGACACGAAGGCAAACAAACCAGGGAUGAAUCUGCUCCACUUUGUGGCUCUGGAAGCCCAAAAGAAAGAUGUUAUUCUUCUGAACUUUUCUGAAAAAUUGCGUCAUGUUCAAGAUGCUGCCAGAUUAUCUCUGGAUAACACAGAAUCAGAACUUCACUCACUGUCUGCACGGACAAGAUCUCUAAAGGAAAAUAUCCAGCGGGAUCCCGAGCUUUGUCAACAGAUGGAAGCCUUUAUUAAGUUUGCUCUGCAAAAAUUGGAGGAACUGGAGUGUUUGAGAGGAGAGCUCCAGAAGGAAGCCCAUAACCUCAUAGACUUUUUCUGUGAAGACAAAGAAACCAUGAAGCUGGAUGAAUGCCUUCAGAUCUUUAGAGACUUCUGUACCAGAUUUGAUAAAGCUGUUAAGGACAACAGGGACCGAGAGAUGCAAGAACUCCGCCAGCUGCAGAAACUGAAGGGGCUGGAAGAGAAGAGACGGUCUUGGGCAGCUGGUGAGAUUGGAGGCUUUGGGAGGAGCAGCAGUGAGAAUGAUGUGGAGCUGUUGACAAAGAAGAGCCUAGAAGACUGUCUCCCCUUCCUGCACCAGAGGCCCAUUAGUCCUUCCCGACCCCCCAACUCCCGCCGCUCCCGGCUCUCCCUGGGCACCUCUGCAGAUCGAGAGCUGCUCACUUUCCUGGAGACCUCCACAGGGGAGGACCUAAACAAAUUCAACAGCCUGCCUAGGACGAGCACGAGGCAGGCCAGGCCGUCCAUGGCCUGGAUGGAAUCCACAGGGCCAAAGGAUGUGAACUCUAACCACUUAAGCUUCCAUCAGUCCCCAGAGGCUGAGAAGGACAGCAAUAACCCACCCCUGAUUCAGCCUGGGCAGUUUUCCAGUGCGUGUCUAGAGAAUUCUAAUGCCAUCCUUUACCGUACGCGGAGCCAUGCCAAUAAUAACAACUUACAAAGAAAUAGUGCACCUCCAUUGUCCCCCUUGACCACGGGGAUCGAGGAACGAGAACUUAUUCAUGGCUUGAUCCAGUUUGACCUCCAGGAGCCAACGAACCAAGUGGAGCCACCAGCAUUUAUCUCGGAGGACUCUAGCCCAGUGGAAUCAGAAUCCCUGGAUGAUGCGAGCUUGCCAUCCCUUACUGCUGCUGAUGAAAUCCUGGUGCCCAUUGGCAAAGGCUCUAAAGAAGUGACAGGAAGGAAAAAUGACAGCUCGACCCCAAAGGACGUGGCAGUUGAUGUUACAGUACCCAGCAGUACAGUCUCUGCAUCCACAGACACAAGUGAGUCUGAAAAUAAAGAGGCAGGGAUUAUUUUCUACAUCUCAGAUACCACCGACUGCUCCUUGACUUUGGAUUGCUCAGAAGGAAAUGAUCCCAAAAUGGGAAGCGGUGAAUCAAAGGAGGGAAAAACAGUGAAUGGCAUCAUGACUUUGGGUGCUGGUGACACGGAGGGAGAGACCAAGAGUAGCAGACUUCCCUCCAUCCCAAAUUUCAGUCCCUCCGGGGAAGACUGUGCUUUUGCUGUUGGGAAGAAUGAGCCUGGCUACAAAUGUGGCCUGUCCAAGGAUAAAGCAGCCAAAGGGAAAGAGGCAUCAGGACCAAAGAGAAACUCCCUGAAAGACACCCCUCCAAGUGCCUCCAAACCUGGGACUGUGCGGCGUAGCCUGGGGCCUUCUUCCAAGCCAGUGCGGACCCUGAAUGCCUCCGAAAAUGAGAAUAUGCGCAAGGUCGUUCCCAUCUCCAAAUCCAGCAGAGGUUCAGGGAGCUGGAAACGGCCUGAAAUACCAGCCCGGGUGCCCCCUCGGGAGGCCGCCAGCAGCACGGAUACUCGAAUGUCCCGCCGGAGCUCUGUCCGAGGCACUUCGGACACAUCCCCUCGAAGGCCUUCUGGGUUGGCGGUAGCGGCAGCUGUGGCCGCAGAAGAGCAGAGACUGCAGAGAGGAACCGUGACGUCCAGCAGCAUCCGUUUGGGGAAGGACUCUCCCUUGCAACACAAGACCUCCCUCAAGAAACCCAGCGCUAAACCCAUCAGGAAUCUCCCCAAACCAAAGGCAGAUGAAACAAAGAUCUGCCGUACCAACCCUCAGGAACCAGAGGAUGCUGAGGAAGUGCCCAAGCCCCCCCCACCUGUCAGCAUCCCUCGGGCCCCGCCCCCCAUUCCUAGCUUUGCCAGGAAUACGGUCGCCUCCUCUUCUAGGCGUUUGAAGACAGAUUCACCUCCUAUUUCCAAAGGACCAGGUAUCACCCGGGCAGCCUCUCAGAGGCAGCUGAGGAUAAAGAUGGCUCCUGAGGAUGCCCAGAGUAAGAAUGGCAGUACCUUGAGGCGAACCAGCAGCGCGCGAACUGCCCCAAAGUGCCCAGAACACAGUGAGAACAGCAGCGGGAAAGAGGAAGCCUCUUUGAAAGGGAGAGGCACUGUGGAGAAAUCUUCUCUGAAACGAAGGGAUUCCAAUAGGACCACACUGGGGAAAAUUCUGACUCCCUUAUGGAAAUGAGGGGGGGGGUCUGUUCUCCUCUUAAGACCACCACGCUGGGCUUGGGGGGCGCAUGGACAGAUUUUGGCAGUGGGCUGUCAACAUCGGAUGCCUUUGUUCCGCAUGGCCCACUCCAUGUGUUGACUUCGAAGUCUGUUUACUUUAGAGUCUCUAAAGGGACAGCCUCCAAGGACCAAGCAGCGUGUCAGGGCUCCACUCUCCGUCCCGUGGUGAAAGAACAACACGAAUGUAUGGAUUUCAUGCUGCUGUGAUGGAGCUGAGGGCCUGGGACCCAGCCGAGCUGUUGGUGCGGGUGCAUGUGAUUAAAUGUUCCACCUCUCCAAAAAAGGAAAAAGGAGAGAGGACUUUGGAAAUAAUAGAAGAUGAACUUUUUAUAUGACAAGUUAAAAAAACAAUAAACUUUUGGCCAGUUUUUGUAUGACAGACUUAUUUUAUAAGAUGAUAUAAGUUAAAUAUUCCCAGUUUCCUUUUCUGAGUGAAAUGCCUCCCAAGGAACAGUACAGGGAAAAAAAUGAUCUAUUAAUAUGAAGAUCUUUAUUGUCUUCCUUUAAUCCCGUGGCCUCGGGAGUCUGAUGUGCCUCUCUUGGGGUCCUUUUGCUGGCAAUAGGACCUCUUUGGCCUGCAAACCCCCAAGGUGAUGAUGUUUCACAGCAUGGUUCUAGCUCCAGGUGCAUGGGCCCAGUGUUUUUGGUGCAUGUAUGUUUAUAUGUAUGUGUGAGAGCGAGAAAGAAAGAACACAUGGGUAGCAAUGAGGGAGAGAGAUCUCUGCUGGACAGAAAGCCACUCUUCCCUGUGGGCUGCAGUAUCCUCUAUUGAAAAACUGAGGUUGGUGGAAAACAGACACCGUGAGUGUUGGGCAGGCCUGGCCUCUCGGGAGCAAAGUCCACGGCUGGGGGUGUAACAAGUGGCAGCCAUGUGCACAAUUGCCACCUGGUUUUCUGCCCCAUGUUUAAGACUUCCGUAGAUCCAGACCUCCAGGGGUUAACUCAGUGCUAAGUACAGAGUGUGUAUUCUUUGUCUCUCCCCAGUUUGUUCUUCUGCUGUAAAAUGCUGUGAAUGCUGCUAUCAUUUGUGUAAACUCUGGUUAGAGAGAUGGGGGAGAGUCUUUUGUUGUCCAGUCUUCCUUUUUUCUGUGAUUGCAUGGAGAGAUACUGUCUGUCACAUGGCGCUCUAUCAUCUAAGCAUCUUCCUUUUGGUAUGGUUUUUGAAAACUGAAAGAGGCUUAGUCCUGGAUUUAAAAGAAAAACAAAAACCAACUUCUUGAUAGACAAACAUCGCUUUCAAAAGUAUUUUUAUCGGCAGGGACAAAAAGGGAGGGGGAUCAAAAUCAGGCUUAAUGAAAGGUUUGGGCCUUAACCAGCUUUACCAAAAUGCCCUUUUCCUACUUCCCUUUGAGAGUAAUUUAUGUCACUAGGGACCUAAAGGUAAUUCUUAUUUUGUUUUUAUUUUAUUUUGUUUUUAAGUUACCUUUUUAUUUACGUCUUAGUGAAAUCUUAUUUUUCUAAAUACAGUGGCAAGUGUAUUUUGGUCAAGUAUGGCUGAUUGAGUUAUUCACUCCACCACAUGUUACUCUUUCCCUGUUCCAAUGGAAUGUGUUGUUGGUCAAAAUGAAUUUUAUUACCUUCAUACUUCCAUAAACCAGCCACGUGGGACAGGAUGAAUUUUGUGACUUAAGUAAGACCGCUGACCACCAGACUUGAAGAAAAAAAGAUAUAGUCCCACUGAAGUCUCUCGCUUCCCUGGGGCUUGCUUUUAGGAAUGGACCCAGAGCAUCUGAAAGUGUGGGCCUUUGGUGAACAAGCUAGGUGGAGAAAAAAUACACCACUUCUAAGGGGGAUUUUGCUUGAAAAUCUUAUAAGCUGUUUGGGACUUCCCGUGCUUGGACUUGCUCUGAAAUGGGGUCUUAUUCAGCCCUGUCUUCUGUGUGUUCAUCUGCAUGAGCAGGUGGUUGGUUUUUAUUACCUUUUAUUGGUAGUAAGCGUGGAAAAAAAUAAUUUAAGUGAGUUUCAGAAAAUGUAAAUAAGUUUCCAUAUGAAUUUGUGUAAGAUGAACUGAAUGUAUUUAAUGGACCAUUUAUACGUUCUUCAGCAUUAUGUAGUUUAAUAAAGUUCCUGU